UGAUUCUGGUCAAAGAUAUUGGUCUACUUGCUUUAAAAACUUAUACUAUUACAAUAUUAGAGAGAGAAAGAGAGAGAUAAUUUUCUCUUACAAAGAAGAAAUUCAUCUGUUUUCUUCCUACCCCUUUUAUCAAAAUUAUAUUUUUUAGACAAGGGUUGUAAAAAGAUUUGAUUUUGAUGGAUUUUGUGUAUAAUGUUUUUGUCUAGAAGAUAGAGAGAUUGAAGAGGGUUAUAAUAAUUAUUUAGAAUAGAGAAAGAAAAAAAAAGGGUUUAUCUAAUCUAUCUAUCAUUUAUGGGUAAGAAACCACAAAAAACAAAGGAAGUUUGGGCAGCAAUAGCUGAAGCAUCAUCAACAAUAGAUGAUGAAAAUGAACAACAAUCUCAACCACAACCUCAAACUACUCGAAAAAGAGGUAGACCUCGUAAGAUUAUUGUCAAAAUGGAAACUUCAGAGGAAAAAACAGAACAACAACAAGUAGCUUCAAUCAACAAAGAAGAAGGAACAACAACACAAUCAUCAUCAGAAGCAUGCAUGAUGAGUUUCAAGGUUACAAAUCAAGAGGGAGAAAUUCAACUUCCAAGAAGCAGCAAAGCUAGGCGUAAAAGUAUACCAAGAAAGAGUAGUCAAUAAUUUAUAUUUUUAUUUUAUAUAAUUAUUCAUAACUGUUUCUUCUAUUUUAUUUUGUUUCAUUUCCAUGAAGAAAUUAUUGAUUCUAGCUAGCUUCCUUGAUUUAUCAACGUUUUUGGGUGAUUGAUAAUAUUUAAAAUUAUAUUGCUAUAAGUGUCAAAAGAAACUCUUUCUCUUCAAGUUAUUAUUAUUAUUAUCUA